CAUUUAGAGAGAGAGAGAGAGAGAGAGAGAGAGAAGAAAGAGAGAAGAGAGAGAGCAGGUUUUUUUUAUUGUUUACAUGCUAUAAAUUUGCUAGUACAAGGUGAGGGAGUCCCAGGAGAACUCCAAUUCAGUUGUUAGCACGAGAGAGAGAGAGAGAUUAUCAUUCAAGAGAGAGAGCUUAUCAUUCAAGAGAGAGAUCAAUAGAGAGAGGAAGAGCGCUUAGAUUUUAGAGAGCGAGAGAUGGCAGGGUGGAGUCCUUAUGUUGUGAUGAUCAGCCUGCAACUGCUUGUUGCCUCAGCUGAUAUUGUGAGCAAGCGAGCUAUGGAGAGAGGCAUGAGCUACCAUGUCUUUAUUGUGUACAGACACAUUGUGGCCACCCUCGUUCUCUCUCCUUUUGCUUACUUUCUGGAAAGGAAGACGCGCCCAUCUCUCACAAGGCCAGUGUUUUUCAAACUGUUCUUGUUGGCUUUAUGUGGGAUAACAGGGACACAGAAUACUUACUUUGUAGGGCUCAUGCACUCUUCUCCAACUGUAGUUGGUGCCAUGAAUAACCUUUGCCCGGCCAUCACCUUCAUCCUCGCAGCAAUUUUCAGGUUGGAAAGUGUAAAUAUUAGAAGUCGCAGAGGGCAAGGAAAGCUCUUGGGUACCUCGAUUUGCAUAGGAGGGGCUAUGCUAUUCACUUUUUACAAGGGUCACCUCUUUCCACCCCUAAAAAUCUCCUUCUUUAACAUCCAUGGCUACCAUUCUGGUGGUGGUGCAGAGCAUGCCAAACCAGACUGGGUUAAAGGUUCCUCCUUUGCAAUUGUUUCAACAUUAUGCUGGAGUGUGUUCUUGAUCCUUCAGGCUUCACUUUACAAAGUUUAUCCGGCCCCUCUUUCUAUGAAUGCCUGGAUUUCUUUUCUGGCGAUGAUGCAAUCGGCAGCGGUCGCUGUGAUCUUCGAGAGAACGGCUUCGCCAUGGAAGAUUGGCUGGGAUUUGAAGCUCUUGUCCUAUUUUUAUUAUGGGAUUUUGGUUUCGGCAAUUGGAUAUUCUUUGAACGCUUGGUGCAUCUCCAAGAGAGGACCGGUAUUUGUUGCCCUAUUUUUUCCCCUUCAACUGAUCAUCGCAGCGAUUCUCAGCGCCCUUAUUCUCAAGGAACGUCUUCAUUUGGGAAGUGUGAUUGGGGGAUGUCUCAUAAUUUUGGGCUUUUACUGCGUUAUGUGGGGAAAGAGCAAAGAUGAUAACAAUGAGAAAGUAGAAGAGAAAAGAGGGAUCAAGGAUGUGGAAAAAGCAACCAAUCCUUGAGUGGGCACGAAGAGGAGUUAUUGCACCCGUCACUCUGUCUUUUCUUUCGGACUUUGUUAUUGUAAUGUUUAUGGUUUCAUGUGUUUUAUGUUUCUUUUCAUUUUAAGAUGCUGAAAAAUUUAACUGCUUAUUUAGCUCUCAACGAAAAUGUGUCUCUAUUCUCUAACUAA